AUGCAGCACCCACUGGAAUUGGGCGCCGCGCGCUACUUCCCGGCCGAAGCCUUCCCCGACCACCGCUCCCACCGCUACCGCAGCUUCAUGAUCGAGGAGAUCCUCACCGACCCCCCGGACGCCAAGGGGGCCGCGCCGGCCGGGGAGCUGCUCAAGUUCGGGGUGCAGGCGCUACUCUCGGCCCGGCCUUACCACAACCACCUCGCGGUGCUGAAGGCGGAGCCGGCCGCCGUGUUUAAGUUCCCGCUGGCUCCCCUGGGCUGCUCGGGGCUGGGCUCGGCGCUGCUGGCCGCCGGCUCGGGGCUGCAGGGCGGCUCCGCCUCGCCGCAUCUCCCGCUGGAGCUGCACCUCCGCGGGAAGCUGGAGCCGGGCCCCCCGGAGCCGGGCAAGGCCAAGAAGGGCCGCCGCAGCCGCACCGUCUUCACCGAGCUGCAGCUCAUGGGCCUGGAGAAGCGCUUCGAGAAGCAGAAAUACCUCUCUACGCCCGACAGAAUAGACCUGGCCGAAUCGCUGGGGCUCAGCCAGCUCCAGGUGAAAACCUGGUACCAGAACAGGCGCAUGAAAUGGAAGAAAAUAGUGUUGCAGGGGGGCGGUCUGGAGUCCCCCACCAAGCCCAAGGGUCGCCCGAAGAAGAACUCGAUCCCCAGCAGCGAGCAGCUCUCGGAGCAGGAGCGCGCCCGGGACGCCGAGAAGCCGCCCGAGAGCGUGGGCUCGCCGGCCGAGGUCAGCCAGGAGGAGUGA